UCGAGUCGGUCCGGUUUGUCCUUGCCGCACCUGAAGGCAUCACAGAGUCUGACUCCAGCCUUCAGAUGACUGAAGGCGGGUCGGAGCUCCUCCCGUGUGAGAGGUUUUACUUUGACGGUUGUAAAGCAACUUCACUGCGUCUGCAAAGCUCCGCACAUCACCGACUUGACGACAGAGAGAGGGAAUAAAAAAAGAAAACACCGGAUCCUCCCGGGACAAGUGGAGGAGAGAAUUGCAGCGUGGGCCACCCGGGGAGCUGACAUUUAACCAAACAUUUCCCAGGGUGAUGGUGUCUCCGUACGAGGGCCAGUCUUUCUCUGCACUGAGGAGGCAGUGUCGGCAGAAUGGACGUCUGUUUGAAGACCCUCUGUUCCCCACAUCUGACCAGUCUCUGUUCUACCAGAGCAACCGCAUCGGCAGCGUCACAUGGAAAAGGCCCAAGGAGUUAUGCAGCAACCCCCAUCUGUUUGUGGACGGCAUCAGUGCCCAUGACCUGCACCAGGGCCAGCUGGGAAACUGCUGGUUUGUGGCCGCCUGCUCCAGUCUGGCCUCCAGAGAGGCACUAUGGCAGAAGGUGAUCCCGGACUGGAAGGACCAGGAGUGGGAUGAGGAGAAACCGGAGUCCUACGCCGGGAUCUUCCACUUCCGGUUCUGGCGGUUUGGUAAGUGGGUGGACGUGGUGAUCGACGACCGCCUGCCCACGGUGAACGGAGAGCUGGUGUACUGCCACUCCAACGACAGCAACGAGUUCUGGAGCGCGCUGGUGGAGAAGGCCUACGCCAAGAUGUGCGGAUGUUACGAGGGGCUCGACGGGGGCAACACGGCCGACGCUCUCGUGGACUUCACUGGUGGCGUGUCAGAGCCGAUGGACUUGAUGGAGAACAGCUUCAAAGACGAUGAAGAGAAACGCAACGAGCUGUUCGAGAGAGUCCUGAAGGUCCAUGACAGAGGGGGCCUCAUCAGCUGCUCCAUCCGGGCCACCACUGCGGCUGACAUGGAGGCCAGACUGUCCUGCGGACUGGUGAAGGGCCAUGCCUACGCGGUGACAGACGUCCGCAGGGUGAGGCUGGGCCACGGCCUGCUGGCCUACUUCCGGUCGGACAAACUCGACAUGAUCCGCAUGAGAAACCCCUGGGGGCAGAAAGAGUGGAACGGGGCCUGGAGCGACAGCUCUGAAGAGUGGCAGAAGGUCAGUAAGAGUGAAAGGGAGAAGAUCGGAGUCACUGUUCAGGAUGAUGGAGAGUUCUGGAUGACGUUUGACGACUUCAUCGCCAACUUCACGGACCUCAUCCUGUGUCGCCUUAUCAACACAUCCUACCUGAGCUUCCACAAGACCUGGGAGGAGGCCGUGAUACGGGGCUCCUGGCAGCGCCACGACGACCCGCUUCUCAACCGAGGGGGCUGCACCAAUAACAAGCACUCCUUCCUCCAGAACCCGCAGUACGUGUUUGACGUGAAGAAGCCGGAGGACGAGGUUCUGAUCUGUCUGCAGCAGAAAGACCGCAGAGCCACGUUGAGAGAGGGACGAGGAGAAAACCUGGCUAUUGGCUUCGACAUACACAGGGUGGAGCUCAACAGGACUUACCGUAUGCACGUCACCCAGCAGAAGGUCGGCGGGAGCGUCUAUAUCAACUCAAGGUCUGUGUUCAGACGCAUCGAGCUGACCGAGGGGAGGUACGUCAUCAUACCCACGACCUUUGACCCUGGCCUUGAGGGAGACUCCCUGCUCCGCAUCUUUACCGACGUUCCGUCCGACUGCAAGGAGUUGACUCUACAUGAGCCUCCACAGACCUGCUGGUCCGGGUUGUGUGGUUAUCCCUCUCUGGUCACUCAGGUCCACAUACUGAAUGCCAAUGGACUGGCAGGACAAGACUCGGAUGGAGUGUCGGACCCCUACGUGAUAAUUUGCUGUGAAGGAGAGAAGGUCCGCUCACCUGUCCAUAAAAACACACGCAGCCCCAACUUUGACACCAAGGGACUCUUCUACAGGAAGAAAGCCAACCAGCCAAUCAGAAUUGAGAUCUACAACCACAACGCGUUGAUGGACUCCUUCCUGGGUCAGGUGACACUGCCGGCUGAGCAGGGCGAAUUCCAGCAGACGCUCCACCUGAGGGACAAGGGCGAUCGUCGUGACAACGACCUGCCGGGAACCCUCACUGUCGCCAUAGUGACCAGCUCGGUGCUCACCAACAUAUAAGGCACGCCACAAAAAAAAGCUAAAGUUUUCCAAAAAACGGGUUUACCACCCUGUAAGGGUUAAAUAUUUGCCACUGAUAGAGGGUUUACAUUUUAGAAGUUUACUUUAUAGAAGAUUACACAUCCAGCAGGAGGUCUGGGGAGAUCAAACCUGAUGCCUGUAAAUGUUGGUUUACAGAAUGAUUUACAGUACGUGUAUUAGAUGAAUCUGAUUAUCCUUAAAGGAUUUUUAGCUAGCUUAUAUAUACGUCUAUAUGCACAAAAUAUUCAGUUUUAUGUUUUAGGCGGAGCUAGUGCUGCUAGCUUCUUUCAUUGGAAAAGAGUUGGCAACAGUGGGCUGGGUGUUUUAGGUUGGGUCAUUCUUUUUAAAUCUAGCGUAGUCUGAUAGCUUCUCUAGACUACCAACCCUGCCUUUAAAGGGAGGUGUGUUUAUCCGUCCGACCAGAGAUGUGGGCUUUACUUCUGGGCUAUCCUCUCUGCCCAGCCUUGUGAACUAUUGGCCACUUGGUUUGUGUUUACGGCACAGAGCUGGCCGUAAACAAACAAGAGGACGUGUGUCGCAACAAAAACCCAAAUUUGAGGCGCAUAUACCAAAUGUGCUGUACAUAUAUAAAGAAUGCUUCUAAAAAAAAACUUUAAUAUCAAUAAAACACAUGUCUUAAUCAGAAAAUGAUCCAUAUAUAUAUUUAUCCAAACGGAAUAUGUUGUUUACAUGACCUGACGAUUUUAGUCAUGUUCAUAAUAAUAGUGGGAUAUUAGUGUGCAUGUAAACAUAGUCAGUGUUUACAGUUCUUCAUGAUUUGUCUAUCGACCACUAUUUAAUGUCAUUUUUAUUCCAGUGUUUAGUCUUAUUCUAUUUUACAUUUGAUUUGAAUUUACUCUUUUUUUAAAUCCUAUUCAUGUGUCUUUUUAUAUGGGCUUCUUUUAUAUAUUGUCUCCUGUACACCACUUUGCCUUGUUGAGAGGUUCUACACAAAUAAACGUGCAUUACAUAGUAGUAUAACACCAUUCAAACACAGCCAGCUAUUGGCAAAAAAAUCAGCCAUUGUGAUAUUAGCUAGCAUUAGCAUUUUGUUAUGUUUGCCGUCAAACUUUUCAGGU